AUGACGGUCGAAUCUCAGCCAAUGUGCUCUCUGCAAGAGACCAUCCGCACUGGGAACUUUUAUUCCUUGGACGAAACUACAUUGCUCCACCAAAUCAAAGAUGCUUUCUCCCCAGAACUGGAACGACUGAAGUGCGUAAGAGCCGUCGAGGGCACCGAGGAGCAACGCGCUACCGCAAAUGGACAAGCCGAUGUGUUGAGUCCCUCACAGAUUCUCUAUGGGACCAAUUAUGACGAGGUCAACCGAACGCUUGUGGGCAUUCUUGCGCUUCGAUGGAUUCACAACCGCGACUAUGAAAGCUUCACUCGGCCACAAGUUCCCGAGUCGCGCCUGACCGAGGAAUCAUUCGAGUGGCUGCACGACCUCUUCUCAAAAGGAAUCGAGAACUCAGAUGAUCUUCUGGCCCUGGUGGUGUCGAUGAUCAUCAAUGACUUGGGAAAAGAUCCCAACCUGGAAGAAGACUACUACUUCAAAACCCGCGAUCGUCAGAACCAUGAUUCCUUACUACUGGACGCAGCAAAGGCGGGGAUGAUCUCCGCUCUGCAAUAUCUCACGCCGGAGAAGAGAGAGGACCUAAUGCGAGGUCUGGAACUCGGAUCGGAGCUGAAUGCAGGGCAACUGGCCCAGGCUGAAAGCGUGCCUGUCAAUCUAGAAGGACUGCUGGCCAUGCGAGACCACAAACACGCAUUUGAACUCAAGUUCAUGGAGCAAAUCCUCGACGUCGCCGGCGCUUUGGGCCAUCUUGACCCUCGUGGCUCCAAGACCUUUAUCGAACCAGUCUUUCAGGCUUUCAAGACAGUGCAUGAGGUAUCUCUCGAUAUCAUUGACGGCAAGUCCAACCCCCGACAAGGGUACGACAAGGUACUUACAAAACGUGGAAAUUUGCUUUAUGUCAAGGGCUUUCGCAGACUUAGUGUAAGCGAUCGAGAAGAUCGGGCACUUCUCCGCUUGUUGACCAUGGGCCGGACUGCAGACAAAGAGCAGGCUGAAUUAUUCUCCAAAGCGUACAACGCUCUAAGGCCGGAAGACAAAGAUCAACUCGUGGCGGGGCUUAAUGUCGACGGCAAUGUGAAUGAGACGGCUGUGCUCCCUUACUACAUGCCCGCAAUCAUAUCCACCACCUUAGAAAACACGAAAGACUCGGAUGAGGAUAUCAAGCGCGAGGCACUCACAUCCCUUAUGCGUUACCUGGCCAAAGUCUUGGGCAGCCCGAGAAACAACCUAACAGCUGCACCCGAAUCCGCAGUAUAUGACCGCGAAGUACCCGGAAUCAUCAUCGAGAGGAAUAUGUCGAAGGUCCAGGACGUCAUCAACAGCCCAGGAUUCAAAGAUGAUCCGACUAUUCUCGAUAAGCUGGAUAUACCAGAUGGGCAGAUUCUUCAACGUAGAAGGACCAGUCAGUCUUGGUGA